AUGUAUGAUCUUCAAUUGGUGGUUGUUGUUGAACCUAAAUUGAGGGUGGAGUCAAUCACUAAUAUUAGAAUUAAAUUGGGGAUGGAUUGUUGCUUGUUCAAUCUUUGGGGUUCUGUUUGGAUUUUCUACCGGUCGUUGUUUACGUGUCAGAUUACAGGGGAGUCUCCCCAACAUCUAACUAUUAGAGUUAAAUCUCAUUUUUUUCAAGACUUCAUUACUUUAUCUUGUAUACAUGCGAAGUGUACGGAGCAGGAAAGAGAAAACUUGUGGAAUGCACUUUUGGGGGAUAAACCCGACUUCAACCCUUGGUUUUUGAUAGGAGAUUUCAAUGUGGUCAUAAAUACCGAGGAGAAGAGGGGUGGAUUGCCAUUUAGACCGUCGGAGGGAUCAGAAUUUUUGAAUUUCAUGACGAUGGCCGGUGUCUGUGAUGCGGGAUUCUCUGGUUCAAGAUAUACCUGGUGUAAUAACCGUUCGGGAACGGCGCGGAUAUGGAAACGUCUGGACCGCUUACUUCUAUGCGGGCGUGCUUUAGAGCUUCCAUACCAAAUCAUGGUGCAACAUUUAGGACGUGACCCGUCGGAUCAUGCUCCAUUAUUGUUGUCGGUGGAUACGAAACUAGAUAACAAACCCAAGCCGUUCCGUUUCUUAAACAUCUGGACUACUCAUCCUGGUUUACUGGGGGUUAUCAAGGAUUGUUGGGCUCAACCAGUCAAUGGUUCUCCUUUGCAAGUAUUGGCCUUGAAGUUGAGGAAUGUUAAAAAUGCCCUCAAGCAAUGGUCUAGAACGACAUUUGGGGAUAUUUUUCAGGGAGCACGUGAUGCCGAACGUAUGGUAACAGAGGCUGAAACAGCAUACGACCUGGAUCCUACUGAGCAACGGCGGAGCGAGUUACAUCAUGCUCGGGCUCGGUUACGCAGAGCGCUUAUAGUUGAGGAGGGUUUUUGGAAACAAAAGGCGCGGGUAAGGUGGCUCUCGGACGGAGAUAGGAACACCAAAUAUUUUCAUUCCUUGGUCACGGAAAGGAGGCAUAGGGCAGUAAUUCAUCGGAUCAAAGAUACCGCUGGAGAGUGGAUCGAUGAGGAAUGCCAGAUUGGGGAAGCAGCAGUGGGUUUCUUUAAGGAGCUUUUCACAGCAGAGGGGGGCCUUCCUUGCCUUACUGGUCUGCAGAUCAUACCGAAAUUGAUAACGGACCAAGAAAACUCACGGUUAACGGACAUUCCAUCUCUUACAGAAGUUAAAGACAUAGUCUUUGCUAUGGACGGAGAGAGCACACCAGGCCGGACGGGUUUACAGGGAAAUUCUUUACCUUUGCUUGGGAGGUAG